UUUGGUAGAGAACUAGAGAUUCAGAAAGAGCCAAGUGCUGAUGCAACCUCAAACGUUGUUAAGCUUCAGGUUGGCUUGUUGGGUACUGCACGAGCACUCCAAAGAGAUCUUGAUCGUAUCGCCGAAACUGCUGAUACGUCUAACCGCAAGGGCUUGAGCUAUGUAUUGACAGAGGCAACUGUAGCUUUGCUCAGACAUCCAGAUUAUUGGAUCUCAAGUUAUUCAUCUGUUACUCCAAAUCAUAACAUGGAGGAUGCAGAGAAAUGCUUCAAUAAAAUUUCGAUUGAAGAGAGGGCGAAGUUUGAUGAGGAGACGCUUGUCAAUCUGAACAACAAAAGGAGGAAAAGCUCGACAAGCAAGAAUUACGAUGGAUUUCGAAACCAAUAUAUAGUGGUGACAUUGUUGGUUGCAAUCGAAGGGAAGCAUAAGGUGGCCGCCAUCAAUAGCAGCGAUGACUUGAAGAAAGCAUUGGAAAAUCUCGGAUCCAUUCCUUCGAAGAAUAUAGCAGCAGUACAAGUGUUAUGGACUCCACAGCAGAAAAAUGACACAUUGUCAGAGGAAGAACUUAUGGAAGAUUACCCACUUCUGAAGCGUUUUUAG